GGUGGAGGCGCGCGGGGAGUGGCGGCUGUUUCAAGAUGGCGGCGGCGGCCGCCGGUGAGGGUGGAGGUCCUUGCUGGAGCCGUGGCCGUGGCCUUUCUGAUGAAGAAGAGCCAAUGGUACCCGUUUCAGGAGUGUCUACAAAAGGAAAUUUUAAAACAGGCUGUUUGCCAAAGUAUCAGACAAGUCAAACUGAACUCAAGGUACCUGUAGCUGUUGCUUCUGUUUCCAUGGAUCCGGAUAGAAGUGUGGGAGAUCUGACAGGGCAGCAGGUCACUAAUGAAGGAGGAAUGAAGAGUGCUUCUUUAAAGGAUUUGUGUCCUGAGGACAAGAGACGCAUUGCAAACUUAAUUAAAGAACUUGCCAGGGUAAGUGAAGAAAAAGAGGUGACAGAAGAACGGCUGAAAGCUGAACAGGAAUCAUUUGAGAAGAAGAUCAGACAGCUAGAGGAACAGAAUGAACUUAUCAUCAAGGAAAGGGAAGAUAUCCUUUAAAAAUAUGUGCAAUGGCUCACUGAAAUAAAAAGUGAACUACAGAGAAAUAAUUGUUCUAAUUUAUGGCAUAGAAUAAAUCUGCAUGUGCUGCCAUUCAAAAGCAAUCAGAGAGAUGACUUGUCAGCAUGUGACACUGGUUCAUUUGAGCUUAAAACUGCAAUCCAGCUGUUCCUAUGAUGUUGUUUUGCUAUGAAAUAGAUAUUUGUCAACUAAAAAUGACAAUAAGGAAUUUAUGCAUUAAAAUAUGAUUAUAGAUUAUUUUUUUUUACUUAAUUCUGUUAGGUGGCUUUAAUUUAGGUCUAAAACUUGUAUGGUAUUCCAUUUCUCUCAGUGUCCAGAGAAAGACAAUCUACACUGAAGGCAUAUAAACUACAUAUAUGUACUAGGGGGUUUAGCCAAUUUUGACUUGUUUUGAUGUAGGGUUGGUUUGUUUGUUUAUAAACAGCUGAUUCUUUUUUCUUGCAGACUGUCACUUGCAUUUUUUUAAGCUCCAUAUGCUUAGUCCCAAUCUUGGAAUAUCACGUGCAAAGUCAGUAUCAUUGCAGGAACUGCAGUUUUCCUUUGGUGUGAUGUUACAGACCUUUACAAAAUUCUCUUCUUCAUUUCUCUUCCAAAUCUCUGCUGUCAAUGCUUUGUUGUUUAAUUUCUCAGAGAUCUGAUGGUUGACUAUAGUGGGGUGUGGAAGAGACGGUGCUGCAGCUACAACAACAGCAAAUAGUGUGUGGUUCAUCAGGAGCUGUAUUUCCAGUAUGCAAGAUAAUAAUGCCUGCUGGUUUUAGGAAGCAUGAUGCAGCCUGUAUACAGUACUGUUUUCAGUCCUGAGUUAUGCCUUGUUCAAGAUAAAAAUGACAGAAGUUGAGGAGAAGGGCUGCUUGAGAUGAUGGGGGGCCUGGAGGAGCUAUUUCCUGAGCAGAAGCUGAAGUGUGUCUGUAUGUGCUUUUGAAUAGUGACUGGCCAUGUAGAAUUAGGUUGGAAUGGUGGUGGGGUGAAUAGGGGAGAGACAAUGCUGAGGCAAAAAUGGGCUAUUCAAGGUAUGAGCCAGUGUUGAAGCAGAAAUAAACGGACAUAAACAAUCCACAAACUUAAACAUGACCUUGGAGGAAGGUUCUGGAAAGUUCAAGCAAUCCUAGUUCACUCUUUAUCCCUGGGAGGCUUAACAAAAAAAGCAGUUUCUUUUUGAUGGAACUUGCUUGGCUUACAAAAGGCACUCAGUGAUGUGUGGUCUCUGCCAGCAGGGGAUUGCCCUUGGCGACCCAGAAGAUCCCUUGUGUCACAGUGGCACUUAAAUUGUUAGAAAGAGUUUUGCCUGUUUGUACUAAAUAAUAUACACAUCAACAAACUUAGCUGGCCAAGAACAGUUACUGGAAAAUAUUAAAUCUGAUGUAUUCAAGAGCCAUUAGCUGUGGCUACAACUCUACUACAUUAAUUUCACUAAAUCAGUGUUUUGUUGUGUAUUACAUCUUGUGUAUCCAGUCAGCUCAUGAGUGUGGGUGGGAUGCAUAUUCCUGAUUAAUUUUUUUAAAAUUUAUCCACAUAAAGCUUUCACUAAUUUAUGUAAGGUUUAUUUGGCUACCGGGAAGUAGACAUUUUUGCUUGUGGUGUUUUUUUUUUUUUUUUUUUGUUUUUUUUUUUUUUUUUUUUUUUUUUUUUUUUUGUUUUUGUUUUUGUUUUUGUUUUGUAGGCUUUCUUUCUUUCUUUCUUUUUUUUUUUGCCCUUUGCUAGAAAUAGAUUGCGCAGGCAUGAAUAUUUUUCCAGAAGUCUGGUAGACAUGGCAGGAGGUUAAUGCAUGCAAUUUUACACUUCAUAAAACUUUGUAAAACCUGGAAAUAUAAAACAAGGUUAUAAUUUAAAACAAUAUAAUUUUAACUGCUGCAAUACUUGCCUAUCAUACAUGAAUGAUUCAAGAUUUUCAACGUAACUCUGAUCAGUUAAUUUUUUAAAGCUUGUUGCAGGGACAAGAAAUAGUAGAAAUGACUUGCUGAGUUUGAAUACAGAUUAUGGCCAUUUCAAGUACAGCAACUUGAAAUUCUUCAAGUUUUUCUGGAUUGUGGAGUUCACUUGCAAAUAAGAUGUCAGGGAUAUAAAACCAUAAGAAAACGUCUGCAAGCUAAUCCAGUAUUUAAAAAUUAUCCUGUGGUAAUAAAUUUGUUCUUCUGAUAUAAUUGCAGAUAUCCAGUGAAGUGUAAUUCCAACUUGGUAAAGGUUUAAUUCAUUUAGCAUGGGCAGUCUGUUUUUUUUUUUUCUGGCAACAUGUAUUUUGUUGAUUCUCUCUUUUUUUUUUUUUUUUUUCUUAUUGAGUUUCUUGCAGAUAUUGUUUGGUGCUUGAAACUCCUACUUUGAAGCAAAUCUGUCUUUAUUUUGCUGUCGUUGAUUAUUUUUUUCCCCCAAGAAGCUGUGAGGACCCCUCUGUUAGAACUCAUUGCUGAUGAACUAUUACAGAAGCUUUGGGAGUGGGGAAAUGGGUGGUAUGCAGUGAACUCACCGCAAAACUUUGAGUAACUUAGCAGUAUUUGAAAUCCAGUAUCUGUCUGCAGCCUAAGCUCACAUUUGCUUUGGAAUUGGUCAGUGUCAUCUGGGUAGGGAACAGCAGCUAAAAUUUCAUGCAAAUUUAAAAGUCAGUUCUAUCCUUCCAUUGCAGUUGACACUUUAAAAAAUUGAGUAGUUAUUACCAGGGCAUUCCACUAGUGGGGGACAACCCUGAUGAGCACGCUGUGAACCACGAAUAGGCCAGCCUGCUCUUAGCAUUGCCAAGUACUUACUAUCACAGAAUUAAGGAAAAUUAGGGAUUUCAAGUAGUUGCCCGGUCUACAACUUUUUCCUAAAGCAGUAUUGUUAGACCUGUCAUAUUAUAAUUUGGACAAAAGUAGGUAUUUUGGCUUGGUUUUUCUCAAGGCAUUUAACACUUGAAACUGUCUUGUUUCAAAAGAAGCUUGAUCUAAAGUGUUUCAAACAAUUCCAAAACCAAAACAGGAUCAAAACUUUAUUUUGCUUGUAAUAAACUCUUGUAAGCCUUUUUUUCUGGAAAGUUCUAGUGCUGUUGUUCUUAGGAGAUGUGAUGCCUAGUGGUGUUAAUGUGCAUGUGCUGUGAUGACAUCUCUUGCUCUUAUUAAAAUUUUCCCAGUUAAGCUGAACUGGAAGAUCCAGUAACAGGUGCCCCUGUUCUUUUGAUGCCCUCCACAAUGAAAGCAUCUUACAGCUGUGAAGACGAGGAAGUGGUGGGAAAAAAUCGUUUUCUGAAAGCGAAGAUUAAGUAAGAGGUAGAGGGAAAAAUGUGAGAGUGUGUAUUGGGAAAGUGAGAUCUAGAACCUGGCUGUAAAGAAAGACUUGGAAAAGGAGGUUAGGCUGGAAAUGGCUGAUGUGAAAGCAGUAAAAGCCUGUGAGUGAUGAGUUCAGAAGUGUUUGGGAUAAGCAGUCAGGGUUAAGGAAGAACCAGGAUGGUGGCAGUUGGCCUAGGAUCAAGCAGAUGAUUGUGAGACAGCUGGUGGAGGCAGGGAUGUGUCUGUUCUGUGUAUUCCAGCACUCUCCAAACUUUGAAGCAGAAUUUGAGGCGAAGCUCAUGUGAGAAAGGUGUUACCUCCCUCUGUGUCUUCCUCAACAUCCGCUCUUGGUAUUUGUCUUCUGGAUACACACUGGGUGACUAAACUGCUUCUAGUGGCCAUCUAAAUUCUGGCAUUGAUUUUGGAGUGUGUGACUUGCAACUUCCUUUUUCUUAUUUGUUUCAUUUACAUUUUCACAAUAAGGGAUGAGGAGUGUGCAGCACACUUAGACAACUUGUGCUGCCUGUUUUUCCAGCUCUGCUAGGAGCUGUUAAUAGAAAAGCUGCUGGCUUUCCUUCCCCCCCCAACAUAUUUUCAUGCACCUAUUAUUAAUUUAGGUCCUAAAUAUGAUUUAAUUUAACAAUCAGGAAAAUAUCUUUUGUAAGAUGCCCCAGUACUGUCAUGAUAGAUGUCUUAGGAAAAAAAGUAUAAUAAUGAGAUUAUUAAAAAACAAAUACUACUGUUAUUUCAGAGCCCAAAGAAAUAAGGUUGUGGUCUUUAGCUUUUCUUAUUAUCACCAUUGGGGAUUUUUUUCAUGUAAAUUUGAUGAUGUUGCAUAAAUGAAGAAGAAGAAACAAUCUUAACAUGUCUGUAAAGAUUUAUUCACUGGGCAGAGGAAACUUUAAAAAAAAUUUGAAAAAUUGGUUAUUGAAUUCUAAGCUCUGCUUAAAUUAUCAUUAUGUAGACAAAGGAUAGGCAAGUAAAGAGAAGAAGAGAUUCUGUUUAUUACUAACUUCUUUUUGUAAAUCUAAAUUUAUCAGUCCUACUAAACUGCUGUUUUUGCGCAUAUUUAGAACGUACCUGGGUUAGUUAAGCUUUUUGUUGGAAUUAUUUCUGACUGAACACAGACUUACAGAAUGGUUUGGGCUGGAAGGGCCUUUAAAGACCAUCUAGAUCCAAUGCCCCUGGCCAGGGACACCUCCCAGUAGACCAGGUUGCUGAAGACCAAGCCAAGUUCAUAUGACAAAUCCCAUGUGAUUUACGUGGUUAGUCUUAAAAUUGAUCACAGACUCUGUUUACACAUGUCCUUAAUAUUAUAGAACUACUUAAUUAGUUGAUUUUGCAUGCAGUUAAUGUGAAUAUUAAUUUAACUAAAACAGUUCAUUUGCUGAUAUUGUUAGUGAGACAUAGAAUAUUAAUUUGCCGGAAGAAUAAUGAGCUUUAUAAGCAUUAUCUAGAGACUUUAAUAAAAUGCUUUUAGUUUUGCCAUAGUACUGUUCAUUACAUUAGUCUUGCACACAUAAAUUAGGGUACUUACAUAUUUUCUCCUUUUCCUAUCUUACUGUGUUAAUGGAGAAUUAGUAGUAUUUUUCAGAAGAAAAAUAGUUGCUGGCUUUACUUAAUACAAAGAACAAAGUGAUAGAAAAACAGGUAUCAGAGUACAGAAUUCACUUGCUUGUUCUGUCAUACCUUUCCUCUGUAAUGCUUAAUUUGCUUUUCUGAAAACGCGGAGAGAAACACGCGGUUCUGCUUCCUUUCCUUUUUUUAAUCUGACCCAUCAGGUUGUCAUCACAAGUGAAGAAACAAAAAGAGUCUUGCACAAGGAGGCUUUGGCAAUGUAUUUGGUGCAAUGUGUGGCCCCUGCUUGGCAGAUACCUGCGUGUGUGUCCCUCCCCAUGGCAGCUGUUUGCAAGAGGACAGUUAGUCUGAACUCAAAAUGACAACACAGUGUCAGGGGGAACUGGGGUAUGGAAAUUAACAGUAUAGUUAAGCAUGCAUAUAUAUGAAAGUGGGUCCCUGCCUUGUUGCUCACCCUCCCCACCCCUAACAGAAAAUAAAGGACAAGAAAAUUUCUAUAUGAAGACAAAUUUUCUGUUUGCAGGAAACUUGUACAUAGUGCUUUUGAAAGUCAGGCUAUUUAUUUAAGACUCAGUAACAGUUUGAGAGUUCGACUUUGGCUAAGUCUGUUCCUGAUGGUAUAGUUUCUGACAAGUUAGGAACUGAGGGUUUGAAAUGACCGUCAUUAUUUUUCUUUUAUUUCUUAACUUGGCUCCCUUGGCUUAUCAGUUUAAUGUUUUUUCCUUUCUAUUUUUCAUAUGUGAAUGCAUACUAUAUAUCUUCUUGUGCAUCAUAAUUUGUUUGAAGGUGUGUGAGGAGAAUGAAAAAGUUAGUAUUUUGUCCCUUUCUUUCAUUUUAUCCAACUGCUUCACUCUUUGAAGGUGUUUUCCUUACUGUUAUUUCAGGUAUCUUACUAGUAAAUGUUUCUAAGCAACCCUUGAGGUCUAUUGAAAAAACCCUGCACUUAUUAAAAAGUCUCUAAAUAUUUAUAUACUAUUCUGUAACUGCAGUAUUGGCUAAAUAAUGUAUGUAUUUACGAACUUAAAUGUAGAAAAAUCCGUCAAGGACUAUUGGGUAAAUAAGAUAUUUUGAAUUUUUCAUUAACUUUUAAACUAAAACAAGGUGAAACGUUGUAAUGUUGAGUGUUCAAGUGGAUCAAUGGCUGCAGAUGCAUUUGAAACUGAGCUUUCUAUGUUUAAUCCUAGCUAGUGCCUUAGAGCACAAGCUGGCUACAUUGUCCAUGUUGUGAAAAUACCCAGAAUCAACAGGCAGCAUCUAAACAGUCAGCAACAGCCUCUGUAGAAUGUGAGCUAGACAGGCUUUUUGCCCUAAACCUUUGCACUUAAGUGGUGUGGGAUUGUCUGUGAGAUGGUACUGUCAAUACAGAAAUACAGCUGUGGGGUGAGGGAAGCAGACUUGGUCUGUGUUUUGUACCAGGUGUGGAAUGGUUCAGUGUGUGGCUGACACAGAAGACUUUCCCACCUGGUAGCUCUGGGACAGAAUUUUGGAGGCCCCCCGUGGUGAGCAUUGAGGGUUAGUGGCAUUCUUGCAUCUCCUCAGUUUCAUGACAUUUUUGUACUGUGGUGAUCUGUUCCUGGUACUAAAGACUUGGUGUUUCUGAGCUGUCUGACUGAAUAAGAGCUAGAGUUCUGCUCUGCCAGGUUGUUGAUAACCACUGGUCUCUAAAUGCUUCACAGACAGCCUGUCUCCUAGCUCUGGGUUUCUUAAGCACAGACAUGAUAUUAUCUGUGUUAACUAUCUGGUGUGGGUCUCAGAACUGGAUAUUUUGAUGGGCUACCCCUGUCUAAACCGAACAGGAGAGACCUGUCAUUAGAAAUGCUCCUUCAGCCUCAUGUAUCAACAUCAGGUACCAUAAGAAAAAAACACUGAAGUAAUUCAGAUCAAAAAAAAUAUUUCUCUAUAGAAGUCAGGCUGGGCAGUUUAAGUGUCUCAGGUGAAAGACAGAUCUUCCUUUUUUUUUUUUUUUUCCCAGACACUGACCAGGCUACUUAACCUGACUGAAUUUGACCCCUGGUUUUGUGGCUGCUGCUGAAACAUUUGGCUUUAGGCAUAUGAGCUUUCAAAGUGAUGUUUGAGUUAAGUUUUCCUUUAUGACAUUUAGCUCAUUUGGAAACAAAGACUGAGAUCUUUUAAAAGGAGGCACAAAUGUGAAAAUGAGAUCAUUAAUUGUUGAAGCUGGUACUGUAACAAAUUGACUAGAAAUGUGGAUUCAGAGAAAUUGAUGUACUUUAUCCUUCCAAACUAAAUGAAUUCUCCAUCUGCUUCAGCUUCUCAACUAUAAUGAGGACGUUGGACUGACUCUGCUAUUGGUUUCUCUGUCUUCCUGAACUAUUUUGGAAAGUUUAAACAUUUCUUGCAUGAUUAAAUACACUUUCAAUAAAUCAAUCUCAUAGUAAUUGUUGUUCAGGAGAGUUCAUUAUUCAGUUCAGUCUUUUAAAUUACUGUUCUUCUUUAAAGGAUUCUUCUUACGUAAUGGCUUCUGCUAAAUCCAUUUGCCAUGCUCUGGCUUGUAAUUACUUUAGAUUUGAAGAAUAAAAUGAAUGGCUUUAUUAUUAAUCAGUAGCAAAUUUGUCUUACUGUUUUUAGAGUGGCCUUCGCUCAUGAAAUAGUUUUAAUGGUCUGGAUAGCAAAACACUUCAUACCUCUCUUUCAACAGAGAUUUAGUGAAAGCAAUCAGAUAGUUUUGUGGGUUUUUUUUCCUUCCACCACUCCCCCAUCAAGCAUUUUGUCACAAUGACUGUCAUCACAUGUUUGCUGUUGUAAGCUGCUGGCCCUCUGAAAGCCUAGUUUUGCUACCUGGUUUUAGAUUGGAAAUUUUUCAGGCUGGGGUAGCCUUUAUUUUUGCCUUAUGCUGUGGAGAGUACAUUGCACUUAAACACAGCAUUAAUUUAACAUUGAUUUAACAUUGGCUAUUACAGUGGACAUUGGCCUGUGUGAACUUUGUUACUGUUCAAACAUGAUGAAAACUUAAGCUAUUUCUUACCUCCUUUCUAUUGUUGUGGGAUUUCUUAGUUCUUAUUGGCAGUGCCUUUGUAGUCAGAGUUGCAAGUCUUUGCUGUACCUCUCCAAAGCAAAAUUCCAUCUUGUUUGACAGCAGCUGAGGCUGGGCAGAUAACUGUCCUGUGUGAAUCUUCUCAAUUUGGCAUCAGUUCUUUUUCCACAGUCUCUUGUAAAGUUGUUCAAACCCAUCCUUAAUUUUAAACUGCCAGUCAGUGCAAAGUAAUAUAAAUACAUUUUCAGCCUUGCUAAACUUCUUAGGAUCUAGUGGAUGUUACAUUAAUAUCUCAAUUUCAGAGAUUACUUAGAAAGUGAAAGUGGGUUAGUUGUAGAGUUAUAGGCAUUCAGUAAAUCUCAGCUUUUAAUUUCUUUAGUAAUUCAUUGCUAUAACAGCACUCUUGGUUUUGUUUCCUCUGUCAAUUGUGAUGUUUAACCAGGGCUAAGAAUUUUGAGUAAUGCUGAGGAAUUGGAGAAAACAUCCAAAGAGAAAUGAAUAGCAUCCUUGAAGUCCUAAUUCCAUGGCUCUCUAGGAGGUUAUUAAAAGUAUAAGUGUAAAACUGGGUGGAAUUUAUCCAAAUACAGGAACUUCAUUGAAGACUUCAAUAUAUACCUUCUGUCUUUAGUUGCAUUGGCAUCACACUCCUUGCUCUAGUUUCAGGGGUUGUGGUUUUUUCGUUCCACAUUUACAUUUUUCACUUCAUAUCCUCGUAUGUAUAUGUUUAUUUAAGUACCUUUUUUAAUUGUGGAAGUGGUAAGCUUUUCCUGAUGGCAGCGUGGUCACUUCCAUUGCGUAAGUGUCAAGAGAUUUACAUAAAGGUCAGCCCCUUCUUGGGACAAAAAAUACCCCAGGGUUUAUAGCACAGGGAGUACAGUUGUAGUAAUAAGGAUUAUGUUGCUGAUAAGUUCCCCUCAAGGCCCCAUGAUGGUAAUACCCCUAUAUUUUGUCUUUAAAGAAAACUGCUGAGAGGCAAUAAUUUUUUUUGUAUGUGUCCCAUUUUCAUUAAUGCAUGGUAAUUGAUGGAGUUGCAGUGACUUGUAACAGUAAUGAGUUCUAAACAUAAGAAUGCACUCCUUUCUAAUAAGUGAGCACUGCUGGGGUUUAAAAGCGUACUAAAUCAGUUGCUUUAGUAUGAAUUUAUUAGUUUUUUUCAGCAUUAGCUUUAAUAGUAGUUAUUUACAUAAGCGUACAUCCCAUUAACCGCCAUCAGGGCUGGAAAACAUGCUGAACUGUUCAUAUUUUCAUAUAAUUAUUGAACAUAAUGGUUUCAUUUGCAUUUCUAAACAGUGAUGUUUCUGUCAGGCUUGGAAAUAGUGUCUUUACGCAGUCCCUAUUUCACAUCCACUUAUUUGACAUCGUUAAAUUUUAUGCUAAUGUGCUUCCCUAGAAUGUCAUCAGUAGGACAGAUGCUUGCACUUUAAUAUACAAAUCAGUGAUGCUUUUCCCUCCCCCCUCCCCUGAACUGCAAAAGAAAUAAAAAAGCAUAUCUGCACUUUUUAGAUAUAGUUUGUUUCAUUCUACAGAAUCUGUGAGAACUGAAACUUCGGUUUCAGCCCUACCAGUCACUUCCAAAUGCUGUAGUAACAGAGGCCUUUGUUAUGAGCAGUGGGGGAGGAAAAGUCUUCUAAAGUUCAAGGCAAUGAUGUGUUAAAAUAAAGAUUGUAGCUUUGAGCUUGCCUCCUGUGUAAGACCUGGAGCUUCAUAGAGCAAGUUGCCUAUUCAGGCAGUGGCUUGGCUUUGCUGGCGGCAGAGCAUCGCUGUGGAGAAGGUUCAGUGAGGGAGCAGUUUCAGCUGCUGCACUUUGUGCUUGUCAGAAGAAAUGCACGUGGGAUUCUACAUUGUCAGGUUUUUAGUUUUGCAUUUAAGAUUUUUUUUUUUAAUUUUGCAGAGGUGCACGAGACCACACUUAACUAAGUGGUGAUGGUGGUUGUUGUAUGAACGGUGUUGUCCUGUUUCUUUCUAGAAAUGUCAGAGCUUUGAUACUUGUACUGAAGUUAACACUGAAAGUUAACGCAAAAACCUAAGCAACAUUGCCAGUAAUUGUACUUCUGAAAAUUGAAGUGGUGGAAUAAAAGUAAACAAGUAUAAUCAGCACCACCACCAAAACCACACUGCUUUUCUUCCAUUUGAAAAUGAGACUAGUGUGUUGCAUCUUGUUCCGUAUGAACUUCAUCUUGGGACAACUUGCUUACCAUUGCAAGUUGGGUGCUCAGGGUGGAGCAGGUGAGUUGCAACCUGCAGUAUGCAGUUGGGGUCACAGGAAGAAGUAACUAUAGAGAUGGAUACAUAGUGUGUUGCUUACCAGCCAGACAUGACGCAUGUGAAUGAGUGUGGAAAGCCAGAGAAUGUGCAGCUCAGUUCUUUGCUUUUCCUAACUUACCAUAUGUGUCAUUGGGCAACUCUGCUGUCUUCUCUCCUAGUUGCCUAUUUAAAAAUUUGUCAUACUGCUUGCUGGCCUUUAUGUGACGUGAAAGGUUGAAUGUGUGCAUGUUGCUCAGUUAUGGCAUUUCAUGGACAUGCUCUGAAAAUCUUAAAUAAAACCAAAAAUGUUACGGUCAAGCAGGAGACUGAGAGAAGUAUGUCACACAGAUUUGUCAUUUUCAUUGUUUUAAACAUAAAAAUAGAUGUUAAAAAGCAUCUCUCUUGGUUGUGUCAUAGAAGAAGGUUUGAAGGAGGCACCCAAAUGGAAAAGGGUACUUGGACUGAAAUGAAAAGGCAUAUUUUAUGCAUGAAGGGGCAAGUGAGCAAACUGGAGAUAUACUCUGAUGGGUUCUGGGCUUGUGGUGUCUUUAAUUAUAGAUGAUUAACAAUUUGCUGGUUGCUUUGCAGACAAGUAUAGAGACAAAAAUCCCUGCUGGGAGAUGCUUGCAGUCUAAGACCUCAUUCUGGUGGUGAGUGUAGAGCUGUAUUUUAAGCAAUGAGAAGCAGCAAUAUUAAAACCAAACCAAAAAAUUUGCUUUCAUUAUCUAGAAGAGAACUAUUGAAUUUUUGAAGGAUUCAGUUCUGAGCUUGCAGUAGUGCAUGUAACCACUUUAUAGCAAACAAUCUGGAGCAAGGUGCCUUUUGGUACACCUUUUACUCAGGAUUAAAAUAGGACACACUGAUGUGGAGUAGCAGUUGGUGAGAUGUGCUAAUUUCAUCUGUGAAGUACUGGGAAAUUUAAAGAGAGUGCCUCUGGCAUGCAGAGCAGACUGUUGUACUGCAGAGAUUCUGAGCUGACCUCUCAUCAAUGUCUCAUUUAAAUCCUGAAAAGAAGACUCUAGGUAAUUGGCAAGUAUCCUCAUUUUAAUAUGUGGCCAUAAAAAGGUAACGUAUGAUGAUUUUCAACAUCAGAGGAUUAACAUUUUACCUUUAAAUAAAAUAUGAUUAACUGGUACAGAAUUAAAAGUAAUAGAACUGAAAUAUUCAAACUAUGACUCUGUGGCGUCAGAUUAUGUGUCAAAUGUGACAGUUUAAGUACUGAAGAGAUUUAAAAAAUGAGUCAGCUGAAGGAUGUAUACCCCAAGCAUUGAGAAUAAAAUGGAAUAAAACAAUUGUAGCUAUCAAAACUUUCUUAAACUAUCCUGGCUGAAGGAACCAGGAAACCAAAAUAUAGUGUUGUUUACAGUGACUGAGUCUUGCCCAGGUGCCAGUGCAGGUGCAGUGAGGAGGUAGUUGGCAUGGUGUGAUGGCAUUCUAAACUAUGAUUUUAAGCCACCAUGUAUUGAUUAUGCUUAAAUUUAAUUGCCAGGCCAAGACUGUUGCUUCUGGAUCCAUCAGCCUGCAGAAAGGUUCAAAUAUGAUUGAUCUAGCAAUGCAUCUUUUCUUUCAACAGUUUGCAGUCAGCCAGGCGUUUUCUUGUCCCUGUACAAUUUCAUUUCUGUUAGAUUGGCACAUGUUUUGAUACAUGAAGCCACAUAUUUGCCGUCUGAAUUACUUAGUGUUACUGUUUGGAAAUGUGAAAAUGCCCUUGUGAAGGUUUGUCAUUUGACUUCCGCAUAUUUUAAGCCCUUGUUAGGGCUUUUUUUCUCCACCUAGUAGUUCUGUAAACUCAGCUUGGAAUUUGACAGUAAAGUGGCACAUUGCUGUCUUCUGAAGUCCUGUAAAUGAAUUUUUAGAGUUCAGUAUGGGCAUUUAGUAAUAUUCUUGUAGAUGUUGUUUUCAGCACAUUUGCACACAUUAAGCUGUGACACCUUGAAGUUUUGUAGGAAGUGCCAAGAGGAGGAGUGGAAUAUGACUCACGUUCCACAAUGCAAAAAUAAAAGAAAUGGUAAAUAAAAUGUGCUGUGGUCAUAAAAAUUGGCAGGUCUAAUUUUGUUUACAUCCAGAGAGUGGAAUACUCAAGUAAGUGUGUUGAUUUCGUGCAGUUUUUUCAGAGAGUAGAAUUUUAGUAAUUAUAUAAAAAUGCAAGCAAAACAUUUAACAGCCUUCAUAAUACAUGAACUCUUCCAGUGUGGAUUUCUUCAUAUUUCAUUGUCUUCAGAGAGAACUUUUUGGUUCCUAUAAAUAUUUUUAGGCACAUUGAUGAAAGAUCCUUAGAUGCUUUUAAAGAUGUUACUCAUUGUCUCAUAAUGGUACAGAAUAGGACUCAAGUGAGCACAGCUCUUAACAUCCAGCUGUCACUUCAGGUAACUGGACAAGUCCUGUGAGGCCUUACUGCUCUGUUUCAGUGCAGAUAACCAUAUUUAACUUGUCAUUGCUCUCUGCUUUAACCUGCCAAUUAAUCUCCUGCAUAAAUUUAUCCUAUGAAAAGACGGAAAUUAAAAAUAAGAAAUAUGUUUCUAAUUAUCUGUGGAAAGAAGUUAUGGGAGCAAGUAACUUACCUUCAGAACAGAAUUUCACUGUGGAAAGGACUGCAUGGCAUUGUCUCUGCUAGUGUGGGCCUAGAUUUGGUUACCCUGAAAGGCUCUUGAUUUCCUCGGAAAGCCAUCUGGGCAUACUGCCUUAGGUACAUCUGCUGUGAUGCCUGGGGAUCUGUGCACGCACAACCUGUGAAUCCUAGUUGAUUUUAAUGAACUGUUUAUAUUGAACUUCUCUCAUGUUGGCAAAUUUCAUGUUGUAUAUUACACGCCUCUUUCUGGAAACAGCCACAAGACAGUCGAAAGAAUUCAACAACAAUAUAAUUGCAUUGUUCUGACUGAAUAGUGAAGGCAUCAGAGAUUCUUCUGACUCAUCUUCGGGGGACAGAUGGCUAUCAGGAACGUUCUGGCUCUUUCAAACAAUUCUCUUAAAUAUUUCUGUUCCUAAAGCUGUAAAUAUCUGCCUUGGUUCAUUUGUUACUUCUCUCCACUGUGCCGUUUUUUAAGGAUGAGUGUUUAAAAAGAUCUUCCAAUGUUUUUUUGACAUCUUUUAAUUUCCAAGCUAGACACAGUCACAACUAGCUUAAACAUGCUUGUUCUUGUGCCAGUGUUUUGCUUAAUUAGAUCUUCCUUCUAUUUAAUGUUUAUGGAGAAGGAAUUAGAGCAAUAGACGUGCCCAGUCUCAAAGGGAAAAGAGAGGACAAGGUGAGAGAAGUUUCUUUCACUUGGAUGCCUGUUGUAUGAAUGAUGGGAACUGCUUGACUUUUGGAUUAUAAAAGGUGAGAAAUCUUGGUGAAAUGGAACAAGGUUGAGAAGGAUUGUAUGACUGAAAGGUCGGGGAGCUUAGCAAAGUCAGAACAGCAAUGUGUACUAAUUGGGGUUUGUUUGCUUUUCCUUCCAUGUGAAAGUUGCCUUGAUGAAGUUCAUCUUUGCAAAGCUAUGUAGCAAAAUUUCUGGUGAGCGUUACGGAAAGUCCCCAAAGGUCAAACUUUUAAGUGCACAUAUAUGGUACAAUUAAAGGUUGGUCCUCUUAAGUAACUGCAAUGACUGAGCCAACAAAUGAUGGUGAGACUUUAAAUAGGCCUGUUGACUUCCACCGUGCCAAAGGUGUCUUGUCCUCCUUGUUAGGAAUUCUGUUCAGUCUUGCUUUGCCAGAGAGUUUGUGGGACAACACUGUAAUUGUUCUUUUGUUAGUUGUUCAAGGACAUUGAGUUGUUGUGAAUGGUUUAAAUUGUCAGAGAAAAAGGCAUCAUGUAGCUGGAUCUGCGCAUUAGCUGUGUAGCUGUUGGUGUCUCAAAACUGUGAAUGGUGCUGCCCACAGUCAGGAUUUACUCCCCAGCAUUGUGAUUUUUGCCUUUUAAAUACCAGCAAUAAAGCAGUCAGAGGUUUGGGGUCUUCAUCUGCAACAGAUUUGUAUUUUAUAUGGUUUUCAUGUGCAUUUUCACUGUGUGUGAGGAAAUACACGUGGCGGAAAUAAUUCUGAAAAAAAAUUACAGAACAGUUGACUAUUAAUUAAAAGUUAUUCAGUCUUGUCCUUGGGUGUUUAUUUGGGCUUUGUCUUUGUCUGCAUCUGUCCCUCUUGGGGAUGAUUUGCAGCACUUUGCCGUUGGCAUGUCUGUUGCUCUUUGUAGACACUAGAAUAGAUUCUUACCUCAUAUUUCAUAGAAAACAUAUGAAAGUUCUGCAGUUAAUAUCUACUGAAGGAGCCAUUAUUUUCUGCUGCUCCUUGAGAUUAAAUAAAGUGUGGGUAACUUGCAUUGCAGGAGCUUUGCGCUGCGGUUCAUAGUUUUGACAUAAAAUUACUUUGGGCUUGCUGAAUCAGUGGUAUUUUGUCUCCAGUAUAUCUUCUGCCCCAAGAGCAACCCAGAAUGUGUUUGUGGACUGUAAUAAAGACUGGUUUGUGCUCUUCUCAUUUUAUAAUACUGCGUUGCUUUAGGUGUUGUUCUACUUUCUUUUUCUCAAUGUCAAGAGUUUUAUUUUAACAGGACUUGUGAAGUCUGGAGACUUAUGGAAGAUUACUAAAUCUGCCAGAAGUUUAUAAGGCUCUUGAAGAGUAUAUGAGAUUAUACAUAAACUCUUCUUCACUCUCUGAAUCUGGUUGUUAGAUGAUGUGAAACUUCAUUUCCUAGGAAAGAGGUUUUCUGCUCAGGAAAAAAUAUUCUUCCAAUUUUCCUGGAAGAUAAUUAGUCUCUCUUCGAAGUGUGUUGCCCAGUGGGGAUCUAUUCUUCAAUGCUGUGUGUUUUGAAAGUGUUGGCUUGUGUAUUUGCUGUAGGUUGAUUCAGUAAGGCAGUUGUGUAAAUCCCUACAUCUUGUCACUUUGUAUCAUAUUUUGCAUAUGUUUUAAUUUAACAUUAUUUAUUAAAGCCUGCUUGUCUUUGGAAUGAACAAUGUUUUUGGUCAGGAAAUGUAGGGAUGUAGGAGGGGGUCAGGAAGCUUCAAGAGAAUUUUUAAAGUCACAUAAUGGCUUUUCCUAUCACCUUUGUUAGUGAAGGCUACAGCACAAGGCUUUGCAGAGUUUCUUCAGGCAGCUGCAUGGAGGACAAGCAUUACUCUCCUGUAUGGACUGCAAUUGUGCUGUUACAUCAUGUGAAGAGAAAAAGAGAUGAUCUCUUGGAGUUCCUACUGCAGACAUUCUGACAACAUCAUGCUUCUGGAUACGAAUCUUUGGGACUUUCUCAUAUUCUUCCUAAAGAGUAAAGAUAAGCCCAUGACCCAGGGUAUUGUUCAUCCAGUCUAAGCUGUGCUGAACUCCUUGGAGAGGCGUGCUGAAGGCUAGUUUGCUCAAUCCUCCCUCUCAGCCUUGGCACUGUUUGCUUGCCCACCUUGAUUUGAGUGACAUCUGUGAUCCACUGCUGCGGAUGGGUCUGCAGUCAGUGUGUUUAGGUAAUGUCUCCUGUGCCUGUACUGCAGACAUGUCCAGAAAUUAGUGCAGUAGCCAGUCACAACACAAAUUGUCAGUGCAGUAUGUGGAAUCAUUCUCUACCCAGGAGACUCACCUGUAAAUUAAUGUGAAUACACACAGUGUUUCUUUUUUUCCUGCUCAUCUCCCAUUUUUUGUCAAUCAUGUAGUAUUGAGUACGCAAAGAAUGGAGAGACUCUGAGUUAGUACUAGUUUGUUUAUUAGUAUGAGAUAUAUUUUCCCUAGAAUUUGUUAAAGUCUGUACUUUGUUUCUGGAAUUUGGAUACUCUCAUCUCAAUUUUAUCUCAAGCAGAGUGAGUCUUCUAGACUUGUCUAGAUUUAUGGGUAGUGGACAGUAGUUCUUCCAUGAUUGCAAACUUUCAUGUCAGAACAAUCAUCAAAACACUUUUUUUUUUUUUUUUAAACAUAACAGUUUCAUGUUUGGAAAGCCAGUUUGAGAAUCAGGUGUAAUAUCAAGCCUAGUGCCAAGAUUAAGUCUAUGAUAACAGGAGAAUAAUUCACUGUAACAUUUUCAUACAUAAAGCUGCACUGAAUGCACAUUAAUAAAACAGAUACGUGGAGGGAUGGUGUCACACUGCAAGAUGUUUGUCAGGUUGUUUUCACUGGCCUGACAGAGCUCCAGUAUGAAAGGUACAGAGUGUGGACAGACUCUGUAAUGAACUUGCAUACCAAAUCAUCUGCCAGAACUCUGGUCAGCUGGGAACAGACUUGCUGACAGACAUGAGACUCCUGGUAUAGCCAUGUGGUGCUUUAUCUUUUAUUUAAAACUCAGUUGGCUCUUUGUUCUGUAAGUUUAAUAGAAAUGUAGUCUCUAUUGCCACAAUGUCAAUUUUGCUGUAGUUUAUCGUGCAGAAUGUUGAAUGCUAUAUGCCUUGCUCUGUGAAAAGGAUGCAUUAGGAGUCUUGGAAAAUGCAGCAAUGCUCAAAACAGAUUUUGAUUGAGAUUCAUUUACAGAAGGAGUCUCCCACAGUUUUUAUGGUCUCGAACAAACAAUGGUUUGGUGAAAUAAACUGUUAUAUGUGAAAAUUACAACAGAAUUUAUAGUGGCUAGAGACCCUCGGUGCAGUGCUAGGAAAUGGUUGUUAAUUGAUCCUAACAUUUUGUUAUGAUGGAUCUUGUGUAGAAAAGAAAACAACUUCUAGCAUCUUACAUAUUUUAUUAUUUCUUUUUCAGUUAUUUCUUACAUUAGGGAUAGAAAUCUGUUCUGUCAGCCUCUUGGCUUACAUAGUAUUUGUUCCUAAACAGGCAUUGAAAAGUAAGUGAAUUAAAGACAAGCUGUAAUUUUUUUCAUUUAGAGUUGAUCAAAAUUUUAAAUUUCUAUUUUGCAGGGAUUGUUAAUACUUUGAAAAGCAAUUUUGUUUCACUAAAAUGUCUUUCAAAUGAAUUCAAAGAUGCCAUGUUUUGAUUUUAUGUUGUUUCAUGACAUGGUGAGAGAAGCAUGUUGUGAUCCUGCUAUCCUGAUGAUUGUGCUCAGACAUAAUGGAAGUGAUCUAUUUGUUUUUUUAAAGUGUGUCAGUCUGUCAUUGCAAGACACAAUAUAUAUCAAUACUGAAUGUCAGUCAUUUUGUUAGGCUUUCAGCUACUGCCAUAUCAUUAUGACUUUUUUUUAUAAUGAGCAAAACAUGACAAUUUGUGAUAAAAGAAAAUCUCAGCAAGCAACCCAACACCUGAUGCAAAAUGAAAAUAUUGUCAUCUUUGAAAAAAAAGAGAGGAUUUUCUUAGAUUUCAGCAAGUUGGUUUUCUUCUUCGGUUUGAAAAGUGGUUUUGACAAAAUGUUGAUGUUGUAUUAGCAGCAUGUAUUAGAAUUAGACCUGAAAGAGAUCCUUAGGCAUCCUUUUCUUUCCCAGCAGAGGAUGGGUCACUGUCUGUCUUUCUCUCUGGCUUCUAGUUCUUUGUCCAUGUAACCUGAAUUUAAGUUCAGAUUUUCCUUCCAGUUUGGAAGUGUUGCCAUAACUGUAGGGCUUUCUCUGUAAAUCUGAAUUGUUUCUAAUUCGACAAAGCAAGCUCUGCAGUGUCCACGGCUGAUUAAGCUUUCCAAGCUGUCACAGGUUUGCUCUGUCCUCAGCUGCGCUUAGUGAAAUGCGCUGCAGGUUGGGUACCCAUCCCACAGAUUUCUGGUAGGGUUGGUGAAGUUGAGCAGAUUUCAAGGGGCCGUGAUAUAUUAUGACAAAAGUGAUGGGUAGGCUGUUUGAUCAGCAUUAACUACAAUGCCAGUAGACCUUUAACUUAGCUGCCAUUAAUUCAGCCUGACUAAAAUAGCAUUUAGAGUUAAUGAAACUAGUUUUAACAGUAUCUGCAAUGCUUUCUGUGUGCGAACGUGUGACAUUUUACAAGUACAUUGCAAAGACUAAAUUGAUUCUUAGAAGAAUACAUUUCUCUAGUCCAGACAAGACCUAAUAGAUCUUUUUCCUAGAUAGCAGACUUAACUUUUUCUUAAUUUUCUCUCUUGAUUAAAAUCCUGAAUGGGUUGAGGUUUCUACUAAAUGUCUGCUCAAAACAAGCUUAGAGAAAAUGGAAUGUCAGCCUUAAAAAUGUCACCUUAAUAUGGUUUGACAUGAUAAGGUCCUAGAAGUCUCCUAAGGAUAUAUAUGCAAGUAUGGACUACAUAUGCUUGCUGUAUUUGGAAUCAGUGUGUGCAGGAAUGUAUAUUCAAAAAAUAUUGAUGACACUGUGCUGUGGAGAGUGCUUGGAAUAAGGAGCACUGGCAAAAAAAGAAAAAAAAAAAGGAAAACUGACUGGCAAACCCAAGAUACAGAGGUGGAUGAAAGGCAACUGAAUAUUCAAUAUGGAGGGUUAAAAAAAGGUAUCAGGCUGCUGGGGCAAAGGAGCAGAUCCCCUGUUAAAGGGGAAAAAACAGAGUUCUCAUAAAAAAUUUGCUUAUUAAUACUUAGAUUUAAUAAGGGAAAUAGUGCAAUUCUAAAAGAUAUUUAUGCUUCUGGUGUGAAAUGGAAACAGUUUCUUUUCUGUUUUUGUGCAUGUGCACAAGCAUUUAUAUUAUUCUAACAUUUUUUUAUAGUGCUGCCUAUGUUUUUAGCACAGAAGAUAUACUAGUUUUGGUAAGUUGAUUUUUGUCUAUCCAUAAAAUUCUGCUGACUUCUCUUUUUUGUCUAAGUAUUUGACUGAUUAUUGAAUUCCAUGCAUUUAUGAGUACUUCAGAAGUCUUAUUUAACAAUUAGUGCCUGGAAAAUCGAGGAAAGGCACAUGUCAUGCAUGUGCCACAUAUUUAAAUCACACUUUAAAAAAGCCAUCUGUUCAACACUUUGUUUUUAGGGCUGUUCUACAGAGAAGUGUACCAUUAAUAAGGAGAGUUCAAAACCAGCUUAGGUACCUAUUAGGCAUAGUGUUAAUGUUAGUUUUUUUAUGUAUAUAUAUAUAUAUAUAUGUUUGUGUGUAUUACUAGAUGCCUAAAUUUCCAAAACAGUAACAAUUUAACCUGAGCUCUUGAGGGUGACAUUUUGCAGCUUGUAAGCAAAGUAGAGUCUGGACAAAGACAAUAGAGUUUCACAUCAAGCUGUUGGCAGUAGCCUCUCAUAAAACUUAAAAUUUUUAUUUGUGAUUGUUUUUCUGCUCUUAUAUAAUUUGAAAUUGGGUAACAAUUCUCUGGAAUAAGCUAUAACCACUUAUGUGUUUUAAUAAUACAAGGUUUUGCAAUAUUGUCCAACAGCUGUUGAAUUUAUUUUUUAUUUUCUUGGUUCAGAGCAGGCACAUUACAGUUAUACUUUAUCUGAAACUGUUAUCUAAAACAAGAUUAUGGCAACCAAUUAUUCUGUGUUUAAUGUUGGUGGGCAAAUUCCCCAGACCAUCUAAGCUUGUUUAAUAUCCCCUUGCAGUGUUUGGACAAUGGACUGUUGUUAUUAGAAACUAUGAAUCAAAGUUAAAUUGAGGGUAUGAAUCAUGUUUAAACUGCAGAACAAAAUCAUGAUGAUGUGAAAGUGCAAGUAAGUAAAGUGAACCAUAGGAUAAAAUAAUGCAGAUUCUUGCUUAAAGUAGGUGCAGACUAGUUAAGUCCUCUCUGAUGAGUGAGAGACUUGCACAGAUGAUCCCUGACAUGUUUAAUUUGCACUGCAUUGAUGUGGUGAAGUGUGGGCUUGGUGACUUCAUGUUCUGGAUGCACCUGGUCUGCAGCUUAGCUGUUACUGAACCAUCCUGUGGGUCCUCUGCCCUUGCUUCAGAUCUGAAAGAGUAGAGGUGUUGCAAAAUGUCCUUUUGUAGCACAAGGUGGUGCCCUUCCUACCAGAAGACACUUGAGAGGAUGAUAGGGAGAGGUUGUAGGGGUUUGCAGGAGAAGCAGUCGCUUCUGUUUGUUAGAUCAAGAGGCAAAAAGGGUUUAAUGAAAUUAAAUUUAUGCUACUAAGACUUCUGUGAAUUUGGUAAGUGGAGCUUGGAUUAGAAGAACAGAAAUAAUGGUUCCUUGAGGCUUACAAAUUUCCAUGUUUGCCUUACUUCCAAGGUAGGGUAAGUGAUGUGGAAGCCUUUAUAUAUUAGCCCAAAGUUUGCUUUUCCUGAAACAUGAUUUUUACGUUUUAUGCAACUGUGGAAUAUUUUUCCUUUCUGUUGUCUACUAAUAAGCGAUGUCUUUGUUCUGCUCCUAACUGGACUGAAUAUUUUGUGUCCCACACUCUUCUUUGAGAAAGUGUUUUGGUGAGGGUUGGUUUGCAUAUUUGAAAAUGCAAAAGGACAUGUUCAAGUAUGUAGCUAGCAGUCCCAGACCAGCAGGAUAUGUGUAUCUCUGCAUCUUACUGGAUAUGUCUAUCUCUGCAUCCAGUUGUGGAUGCACAAAGUAGAUGCAUAUUUGUGUAAUGAGGUUUUUCUGAACAGCAUGGACCAGGUCCAAACUGAACAAUUUGUUGUAUCUGACUGCCUCUAAACGGUUUGGGAAAUGUUUACUGCAAAAGCAUGUGAGUCUGUCUUCUAAAAUAUUAAAUCCAAGAAGCGCAAGGAAGAGCAACAAGAAAUUUAAAAUAAGGAUGUUAGUGUAAUUCAAAAUCACAUCUCUUAAAACAAUAAAACUUCCCUCACACAAUCUGUGUGUUGUCGGAUUUUGUGAGUUUCGGUUGAACUCGUGAUGCGUGUGUGCUGACUUCUGUGCAGAAUCUUUUCAGUAAUCCAUAUCGUUAUCACUGCGCUGAUUUUAAAAUCUUAACUCUCUACACGCUCUGAGCAACUGUAUGGUAAACAAGCCUUGUUACUUAUCCUUACCUUAGACUUUAUGUGCAAACUUUAAUACCUUAUUCAUAUAAGGUCUGACCUUUUCUACAGUUGCAAACAAGCCUCCAAAUAAACCUUGAAUUAUUAAACCAACCUUUAUGUGAAUGUAAUGCGGUUCUCAUACUAUUUUAUAUUUCUCUGGCUUCCAUGCUGGUAUUACAGGAAUGCAUUCAAAUGGCAAAUCUGUCCUUCAUAAGCAAAAUAGGUUUACCUUUUCCUAGUUAGGCAAAAAAUUCAGUCUAAAUUUUGUUUGAGCGGAACUUAGAUCCUGUAAUAAACAUUAUGGGCAUAGAAGAAACUUCCAUUCUCUUGUUAAUUGGCAUAUAAGGGUCUGUUUCAAGUCAUAUUACAGGAUUACCACUAUUAUAAAUAUUGGAGAUUGUCUCCUAAAAUAAUGACAUCAGUCAUGUCAUGUUGUAGUAACUGUGUUGUUUCUGUUUAUUGUGUGUAUGCCUGAACCAAGUAUUGUGAGGUUGCAGUGGUGUGUGUGUUUUUGUUUGUGUUCUAUUAGCAAUUUCUGAUAGGAAGGUGAAACCAACAGUCAUGGACUGAGGAGCUGUUAUGCCAAGAAUGACUUUAUCUUUCUUUAAAGACAUCCAUUCUCUGAGCUUGUAGUCAGCCUCGUGAAUUCCUGGGCUUGGGACUUCGGGUUUUGCAGGGAGAAGGAAAGAGGCUGUAGAGAUCAGUAAGUGAGAGUGAAAGCAUGAGGAUGGACGUGCAUAUUCUGUCUUAAAAAGUAAACUUGCUGGAGUUUUUUGUUGGGGAAAAAGAAAAGUCGUGUUCCAACUUGGCAUUUUAAGUUUCCCUUAAAUGCCAGUCUGAGGCAUAUUUGCAGCUGUUCCCGUUGAAUAGUGCAAAGGCUUGACUUGUGUGGUUUUCAAUGGCAUUCAAGGUUUCUGUGCCCUCUCAAAAAGUGUUACAUUCAUUUAUGGCUGUGGCACAUGCACAAGAAUGGAGAUAUCUGGCCUUGAUUUAUGCUGCUUCACUGCAUGCAUCUCCUUGCUUAAGUCAAGGCUCCCAAUUUCAGGAGUCAGCCAAUCUCCUGAAUAUAAAGGCACAAAGGGCAGGAGAAAAAUUAUGAUUAAUGUUUCCCACAUUGCCAUGACUUCUGUUAGAGGCCCGAAGAGUUGAGAUAUUUGGUUCCUUUUAAGAGAACAUGGGAAAGUUUGGGACAGGAUACAUGAAAUAUGGAGAUAUUAACUACAGCUAAUGAGAGAUGUGAGAAGGAGCAUGAGUAGUUGCUUGUUUACCUUAUUAUGGAGUAACAUGAACCAAAAUACCUUAAGUGUGGGGGAGUUGUUAGUGAAACCAUUCUAGGAAUUUUACAGAUGUUUUUAGCGAGCUUUUUUAAUCUGUGGUGUUUACAGAUGUUUUUAGUGAGCUUUUUUAAUCUGUGGUGUUAAUAAGUGUUGUAGAUUUUUGAUGUGUUUCCUUUUUUGGUUUUACAUGGAUUUAUUUGACUGAUUUUAGUGAACUGUUUUGUAAGUCAUACAGAAUAUAUGGUAUGAUUGGAAUAGUGUUUGUACCGAAAUCUGAAUUUUUGCAUGCCUCACUGCUUGUUACUUUCUUGUUGUGAACCUUAAUGGUGGAUUAAAAUAUUUGCAUUUAUUUUACCUUGGAUUUCAAUGUAUUUCAGUGAAGUUAACAACCCAUACGCUAUUGAUGUAAGAGGCACAGAAAAGGUAUUCAAUGUAUUGAAAGAGACCACUUCAGUGUUUCUCACAGAAAUGCUUGAGAAUAUACAAGAAUUUCUGUUUUAAAACUAAACUAUAAUUCUAGGCUUGUCAUUAUUGCUUGUCUAGGCAAUAACUCUGGGCUUGUCAUCGUAGAAAGGCACCUUCACACAUCUUUAAUUUCUGUAACUAGUUUUAAUAAUUUCCCUGGGACCAUCCAGAAAAUAGACCUUUUCUCAGUUAUGUCCUGGUUAUGCAGGUCAAAUUGAUUUAUUUUUUGCUAUCACUUUUUUUUUUUUUUUUUUGUGAUCUGGAUAAGCAUACAUAAACAUGAAAUUAGGGGUAUUGAGCUAUACCUAGCAUUUUAUAUUCUUUGCAAUGGAAUUUCUUCCUUUUUCAGAAGACAGACCACAAAAACAACCUGAUGCAUACUUUACUUUCUGGAUGUAGCACUGUACAAUUUAGCUUGAGACCACAGAAACUUUGGCAAUUCUAAGACUUGUUCAGCUUGUAAUAACAUUGUGUAGAACUCUACAUGAACCGGGAAAUUAUUGUGUGUCUUCUUAAUUGCAAAAUUACACCUACAAUUUUGAGGAAGAGGGAUAGUGUUGAGGAGAUGGGAAAUUUCAGGUGUUUUUUUAUGCUUUGCAGUCAAUUAUAAAAACAGUAUGAAACUGCGAUUUGUAUGCAUGAUGGUUUUUCCCUUUAGUGAUUAUGAAAUUAGAAUGGUGCUGUGUAUAUGUGUCUCUAUAUGCAUGUUUCAUGCUUUAAGAGAACAUGCAGGGCUACUGAAUUAAAAUAAUGUAGUUGAGACUUCAUGGAAUCAUCAUCCUCUUUUGAAAAUUAAUUAGGAGGUGCAGUAACUUCCAUUUUGUGUGUGCAAACAGAAAAUGAGCGUAUGGAGCCAAUGGGUGUGUAUCUGUACUAAACUUUGUGUACUGUCUUUACUCAAACCUUUUGACUGUAUUUGAAUCAUCUUCUAAAUUCUACUUUCUUGUAACUAAUUUACAUAAUGCUGCUGCUCACUUAAAAUCAGCUCAUUCUAAGGACUGAUAUAAUGUGUUGUGCUAAUCUAGGUUCUUUCGUUCAAGGAGAUCAGAGUGGUUUGCAAAUGCUUAUAAUUCUGUCCUCAUCCUGUGAGUUAGAAUGUAUUGCUGCAUCUCAUCUUCAUAAAAAUAAAAAAAAAAUUAAGUAGAAAUUUGAGAAUUUGUCCAAGAUAUUAAAGGAAGAUUAUAGCAGAACUAUGUUUAAAACUUGGAUAUCUUUGUCCUGGCACUUGCAUUUUCCUUUGGUUUUUUUGUCUUAAUUUCUGAGCUUGCACAAUAAAGACUCUGGGUGAAAACUUUUGCCUUUA